AUGUGUACAAGAAAUAAAAAAGAUAUUACAACAGAAUAUUUAAAUAGUAAAAAGAUUGAUAGAGAAUUAAAACAAGAAUCAACAACAUUACAACCAUUGAAAUUAUUAUUAUUAGGUAGUGGUGAAUGUGGUAAAUCAACCAUUUUCAAACAAAUCAUUUCAUUCCAAGAUGAAGCAACUAAAAAAGAAUAUACACCACCAUCUGAUUAUGUAAUUAAAAAUAUAUUUUUAAAUAUUUUAACAGCAACAAGUACAUUUGUUAGAGUUGCACCAAGUUAUAAUAUAGAAUUCUCUGAAGAAGAAAAUCAAAAAAUUCAAUCAAUUUUAAAUGUAUUUUCAGAUUUAGAAAAUUUAGACCAAACUGUUUUCACAUCUGUCUCUGAUAAUAUUAAAUAUUUAUGGAAUUCAAAACAAAUUCAAUCAAUUUAUAAUAAUACAAAUAGAAUUUUUCAAUUAAAUGAUUCAACAGAAUACUUAAUGAGUAAUAUUGAUAGAUAUUCAAAACCUUUUAAACCAACCCAAAAUGAUUUUUUAAGAGUAAGAGUUAAAACAACUGGUAUAGUAGAAGCUGAUUUUAAAAUUGAAGCAGUUCCUUUUAAAUUAGUUGAUGUUGGUGGUCAAAAAAAUCAAAGAAGAAAAUGGAUACAUUGUUUCCAAGAUAUUACAUGUGUUUUAUUUGUAACAUCAAUUAAUGAUUAUGAUACAUUAUUAGAAGAGGAUAAUUCAACAAGUAGAUUUACAGAUUCAUUAGAAUUAUUUAGAGAGAUGGUUAAUAGUAAUUGGUUUACUAAAUCACCAUUUGUAUUAUUUUUUAAUAAAAUAGAUUUAUUUAAAGAGAAAAUUAAAAGAAUACCAGUUUCUCAACAUUUAAAAGAUUUCAAUGGUAAUGAUCAUUCAUAUGAAGAAACUUCACAAUUCAUUAAAAAUAAAUUUCACACAACCAUUAAAAAUUCAAACAAAAUUGUAUAUCAUCAUUUCACUUGUGCUUUAGAUUCUCGUGCUAUAGAAGUAGUUUUCAAUUCAAUUCAACAUUCAUUAUUAAUGAAUGUUGCAGAAAUUUUAUAA